AUGGGGACAUUAAUACAAUUGGCACUGCUAACUUUAGCAGUAGGAUUGGCCUCGUCAAAAUUAGCGAGUAAGUUAAUUAUUACACACCUAAAUGCAUUUUUCGUUUCGAAUUAAAAUUUGUCUGGAAAACAAUACACAGUAAGAAAUAAAUCGAAAUCAACCGUCCAAAUUAGACACAACUAGGUAUUAGGUAUCUAUAGUAUAAAUUUCGAUAGUACUUACUAGUUUUAGCUUUUAGAAACUGAAAGUUUAUAUAUUUUUAUUUUACUUUAGUAAUAACGGACGACGAUGGGAGCGAACAGUGUUCAACAGAAUGUACCGAUGGUUUGUAAACUUAUUAUAUUAUAUUAUUAAGUAUCUAGGUACCUAUGUCAACAUGACUAUGUGUAUAAAAACAAAAUUGGGUUUUAGGAAUUGCCAAUGGUGAUGUGGUGUUUACUGAAAAUUAUAAAUACAGUUACGUGUUCGACGGAAACACGGUCAUUACUGCUCCAACUGGUACUCCAGAAGGUCAGUCAGAAAUAUCGAUCAUUGGAAUAGCUAAUAUUAUCGGAACGCAAAAAUGUGGUGGCAUCCUUUACCUCAAACACGUUGAAAUAACCCAAGGCUCGAAGGUCAGUAAUUUAUCUAUCGUCUAGAACGCCUUAUUAUUUUCUCUCAAUGAAAUUGGUAUUUGUAUAAUAUAUAAGUACUUAUGUAUUUAGGUUAACCUAGCUACUAUAGGAAUAAUAUUAUAAAUUCAAUCUAUGUAAUAAACUAAUAGGUAAUUAAUAAUAUUAUACAGACUUACAAUAAUACAAAACUAGAAGGGUACCCGAUACGAUUUUCUUUUAAUAAUGGAAAAGUUGGUAUGAAACUCUGUUCAUCAUCGAAGGAUUCUGUUGCUUCAAUGAAUUUAAAACGAGCGAUUCUAUCAACACUUCAAGUUUCAUCGGUACAAGAAAGUCCAAAAGAUCUUUUCGAGGUAUUUUUCCACAACGUUAUUAAAUUGAUGCAUUGUAUAUUUCCGUUGUCAUUGAUUAUGUAAAAUUGUUCAUUUAUAAAUUUACCACAUUAGACCGACGUUCAAGGAACUUGUAACACUUCGUAUUCAUCGAUUUCGUCAGGCACAAUAAACAAAAAAAAAGAUCUUACUCAGUGCACAGGACACGAUAAAAUAAAUUUAUUCGGACUGACACCAUCGCAAACAAAUCUUGUUCGUAUUCCGAAUAUUUUAGUUGAAUUUUAAAAACAUACAUUACAUUUAAACCAUAUGUAAUAGGUCUAUGCGGAUUCUCCAUUCUCGAUAGCCAUCCAAAAAUCUGAUAUUCAGAUAGUAAGCUCGACAAUAUUAUCUGUUAAGAACAAGGAGACUUUACUCUAUCAACCGUUUGGCCCUAUUGAUGUAAUAACUAAAAUAACAGCGUCCAUGAAUUUGGCCUUGAAAAAGAAGGGUCCGACCAAUCCCCGUAAGUAAAAUUAGUUUUAUAUAUACACAUACCGUUUAAAUAUGUACCUAUAUGUUGGUUCUUUUCUUUUAGCUCCUGUAUUGAACCUGAAAAAAGCUCGAUCAAUUGUAUUUGAAAAACCUUCUUCGUCGGUGGAACCCGCAAAUUCGGAUGACUUAGUAGUAGCCCUUCAAUCAGUUAUGCAAAAUCUCGAGCCAGUAGUGGAAAUGGACGGAGCUAAAUCUUAUGCGGAUUUAAUAUCGCUAUUGAAAACAGCAAAGAAGAAAGAUAUACUCGAUGCAUUCGAUCAAAUUAAUAAUGACUUAUUUUAUAAUCCGGAAAUGGCACAGUACGUCGAUGAAAUACAACUAAAAUACCAUUUGAAUAUAAUUAAUCGCUAUUGUGAAUUAUUAAUAAUGGUGUUCACUGUAGGAAAGUUUUCAUAGACGCUCUAAUGGCUACUAACAGUGGGGAAUCUAUUGAUGCCGUUGCAAAACUUAUAGACAGCCACAUAUUGAGCGAUUCACUAACGGCUAAGUGGUUCAACAAUCUGGCGAACGCGAAAUGUCCUACUAAAGAAGCAGUAGCCUCAGCAUCGGUAAAUCAUUUUCUAUGAUAAUUAUUAUUGCACUAGUGCUAUUGGAAAAACCGACCACUGAAGGAUACUAAUAAUAAAUAAAUAAUAAUUGUUCGCAGAAUUUACUCAAUCAAAGGGGUCUGAAAGAUGCCUACAUAGGAGUCGGCUCUUUGAUACGAAACUACAUAAAAGAAACUCAAGAUACUAAGAGUCCUGAAAUAGAAAAAGCUUUAAACAAUUUAGGAGCUCCAUUAAAAAAAGCAAACGAUGUUUCCUUAUCGCCCAAUGACGAAGAUCUAGUGAUUGCAAGUUUGAAGGGUAUUGGAAACGCACAAUAUAUUAAUAGCGAUGUGGCAGAUCAAAUUGUACAAAUUAUCAUGAAUAAAUCGGUUAAACCGAGAAUUAAAGCCGCAGCAUUGAAUGUGGCGAAAAUGUAUGCUGAUAAUCCUCAGGUAUGUAAAAUACGAAUUAAUUACCUACUUAUAAUUGUAAAAUUGUAUAUGUAUAUAUAUAUAUAUAUAUUAUAUGUCUUAAAUAUAUGUAUAAUUUGAUUUUAUUAUUAUGCACUUCUUGAACCAAUCAGAAAGUACGAUUUAAAUUUGUAUCUUAGUUACUUUUUCGUUACUUUAAUUUUACUUUUUUACGGUUCUUUUAUUUAGAUCGAGAAAGCCUGCGAGAAUGUCUUUACAGACACAUCAGUAGAUUCCGAACUAAGACUUUUGGCAUUCAAAGCAUUUGCCACCUAUCCAUCAAACAAUAAAGCUAACGUUAUCAAAAAAGUAUUGGAUGACAAAAAUUGUCAAUUACAAAGUAUGACCAAGACAAAUUAUUAUUUAGAUAAUAAAAUUGGUUUUAAAUGAAUCAUAUUAUAUAUCAUUGUAUUACUUAUUCACUUUUCAAAAUAACGAAAGAUCAUAUUGUAUUUAAAUAAUGUAUUAAUAUUUUUAGUUCAAGCAUAUUUAAUCAGUUACUUGCGUAACCUACAAACCACUGUAGAUGAAAAUAAAUUAGACCAAAAGAAAUUUUAUGGAGGAAUUCAAUCUAUGUCGCAAAAGAAAUCGCUCGGAGAUAUUCUGCGUUACUCGCAGAAUUUAGAAUAUUCAUAUCAAAGUCCUCUUUUACAUAGUGGAGUUUUAGUAAACGGAGAUGUCCUUUAUUCAUAUGAGUAAUACAAAUGUUAACAUGUUAUUUUCAAAGAAGUGUAUUUUACAAAAUUAACGUGUUAUUUUUCUUUUUAGUUCAUUUUUGGCACGGUCUUCUUCGGUAUCAACAAAAGCAUUAGUAUUUGGACGCCAACAUCAUGUUUUUGAUGUAAAUAUAAUAAAUUAUAACACUACGUAAUAAUCAUUUACAAAAUAUUAAUUACAUUAAUUAUUUUGAUGAUUUAGAUUGAUACACGUGUUGAGAAUAUCGAACCUUUAUUAGAAAAACUUUUUGGGCCUGAAGGAUAUGUUGCCACACAUAAGAGCAGUACUUUAGAUGAUAUUAAAAACUAUAUAAAUCAAGCUGUAGACUAUGCUAAACACAAACAACAAAAUAAUGUAGAUUCAACGAUGUCUGCUGAAGAAGUAAGAAAUUAAUAUGUAUCUAAAUAUCAAAUACAGUGUACACAACAGCGGUUUCCAACUUAACAUUAUAGACACGAAACAUUAUCAUCGUUCAUUUUCCAUCAUCACGAACCACCACAUUGAAUUCCACUACCCCAUUAUUUCUUUCUCUAUAAUAUUUAAUUUAUACGUACAUAACGAAAUCAGUAAUCCAGUAAACUAAUCAAUUGAGAUAAGUUCACGGACCACCAGUUAAGGGCCAAUGGUCGACAAUAAUACUUAUUUAGAUUUUAGAUUCUAAGUGUAGCGAAGAAUGUAUUGGUUUUACAAAGAUGUUUAUUUUAUUUUUUUAUACUGUGCAUAAAAAUUCAACCAGAAAUCUUCCUCUGAUGUAUACAAUGUAGAACUUUUUCUGAAAGGAAAUUUUCUUGGGGUGGUAUUUUUAAGAUCGUUUUUUGAUUUUCUUGGCAGUUUUCCCAAUAAAAGGGAAAAGUGAGAAAAAACGGAAAAAUCGGUACAAUAUUAUACAGAUAUUAUUAAAAAAAAAAUAUAAUGUGUAUUUAAUUAUUUUACCAUAAUAUGACAUAUAUAUUGUUGAUAAAGUAUCUCUAUUAACUGAACUCUUCUCAGAAUCGUUUUUUCGUUAUCAAUGGUUUAUCGUUGCUUACAGAUAUACAUUAAGUUCUCUUUUGGAUUCUACUUUCUUAACUUCCCACCUACAACAGUGGUUGCACCCGCGUGUGAAGUAUGCCCGCAUUUUUAAAAUGUAACGAUCUUCUAAUAAUUUAUAUAUCAUAUGUUCAUUUUAAUGAUGUAAUCAGAAAUAGAAUUUUGAAUAAAAUUAGUUUUACAAGUAGGCACCUUAAUUUUAAUUUUAUAUUCUGAGCGUUAUAUGUGUUUUUUUUAAAUUCAUUUUUUAUGUGCCUUUAAACUACUUUUCUACCAAAAAUUUUGCUCCAAACAAAAAAAUAACGAGAUACCUUUCUUGUUUCAUUUUGGAUCUAAUUAGUGCAUUGAUAAGUUAUUUCUUGAUUUUCAAAUUGUUUGGGAAAAAAUCGGUAAAAAACGUAUAGGAAAACUGACAAAUAUUUAAAGUGUGCCACGACGUUACCGAUUUCAUUAUUUUCAAUUUGUACGUUAUAUAUAUCAGAAAUCUUACUUUAAUCAAAAAAUAUCAAUAUACUUUUUUUGUUCCAUUUCAGGUCUAGUUGGUGAAUAAGAUAAUUUUGUUUUGAUUUUCUAACCAGCUUUCAUGAUAAUUGGAAAAAUUGAAAAAAAAACGUAGAAAAUACGGGAAAGUUUACGGGAUUAAUCAUUUUGUUAUUUUCGAUUUAGGUUUUUUGUUAUAAAUUGAUUCAAAAUUAUUGUGAAGAGUUGACACUUAUAAAGAACAAUUAAAUUAACCUUUUUUAGAUGUAGUAAAAUAUUCAAAACAUUCUUGCGGUUUUUUUUAUGUAGGUAGAUUUUAUUCUGUAGGUAUUCUGUAGAUAAAAUAGUUUGAUUAAACAUAAAUGCUUGAAAAUUUAAUUCGAGUUUCAUUUAAGUUUAACUCAGAGCUAUACAAAAUGUAAGUUAGUAGGUAGUUCUAUUUUAAAAGCGUAAUUAAAUAUUACAGCAUAUCAAAUCAUUUAUUCGCUCAGAACCGUAUUUUGUUAGCAAUGGUCUAUCGUUGCUUACAGAUUUAAAUAAAAUAACUGUACAUAUCCUACCUUCUUAACUUGCUAUCUACAACAGAAGCACAUUCAUCAGUAGUAUCAGCUCUUCUUUUUUGUUAUUUAAUAAUUGCAUAAUAAUAUAUCUAAUAAAUCGAGACAAACAAAUUAAGGAAAAUAAAUUGAGAGUUAUUUUUAAAGGAUGGACUGCGUGAUACAGAGUGAUCAACAUAACGUAAGAAUAUUUAAAACAAGUAACUUUAAACGUACGAUUGACGUUCGCGUUAUUUUUUGUCAUCCAUAUUUUUGAGGUUGAAAAUAUCACCUACUUUUAAUUUUCAAAUAUCAACCUAUAUUAAAAUUCUUAAACAGAUGAAGUUCUACUUUAAAUGAAUGUAGAAUGUUUUUAUUUUUAAAUCCAAUUUUAGUGCUAGCGUAUAAUUUGUGUGGUGGCGAAUCGCGCGUCGUUUGAAUAGUGCUCUACUACUCUCUUCCAACACACAAAACGACAAACCAUGGAAUAUCUCGUCAGUGGAUUGACGGAAAUGAAAAAUGUCAACACCGAAAUGUAUUUUAACUCGAAAUUUAAAACUAUAUUAAAUUAUUACAUUAUUAAUACAUUUAACUAUUUUAAAAUCAAAAAUGAUUAAUAAUUUCACCUCCGAAAAUAAGGGUAACAAUAAAUAACGGCAACGCACCAUUUAAGAGUAGCUUGUUUUUUAAAUGUUCUAAAAAAAAAAUCUGAAAAAUGUUAAUAUUCUUCGAGAUAAUGAAUUUUUUACGAUAUGUAGAUUAGCACUGUAAUGUAGUUUUUAUAGUACACGUUUGUAGAAAUUUAUAGUACUAACCUGUAUUUAUUUUAUAUUUUAUUGUUUUUUUAGAUUUGCUUAAUUUCAUUUUUCAUCCUUAUUUUUGAUUUAAGAUAUUCUGUAUACAACUCAUUUCUGCCUAUCUUUAAAAAAUUAACAAAGCUUAACAAAUGCAUUUAAUAUUCAUAUUUUAAACUUGUUUACAGAGUUGUGAAAACGUUUCAAAAGAGGAUUUAAAGAACAUUUAUAUGGAUGUAGCAUUAAAAGUAUUUGGAAAUGACAUAGGUUGGUUUUCUUUUCAAGGACACGAAUGUCAACUUAGUUACCAACACAUUAUUGAUGCCAUACUUCAAAAUUUCGAUAAUUCUUUACCCGAUAAAAAAAAAAUUGAAGUAAUAUACCUAUUUCUAAUAAUUAUUUGGAUAUCACUAUAAUUAAAUAUAAUUAUUUACAUUAUUUUUGAUUUUCUAAAUAUAAAUAUGUAUUUCAAAAACUUUUUAGGUAAAUAUUAGGAAACAAAUACAGAUCGUUGAUUACGAAAACAAAUAUGCAACCUGUUCUGGACUUCCAGUUACAUUAAACAUUCAGGCUACAUCAGCCAUUAAAAUUAAUUUAGCUACUAAUAUUGAUUUAAAAAGUUAUUUUGAACAACCAGAAAAUUCAAAUUUUGCAUUGAAAUUUAUACCGAGGUAUUUAGUACUUAUAUUAAUUUAUUACUAUUAUUAUUAUAAUAAAUAAUAAAUUAUUUUUAACACAUGCGGGCAUUACGACAUCCGCGUGUGACAAUACGUAAUAAAACAUGUAUCAUGUAAAUUUUUUGCGCGAAAAUUGACGUUCGCUAGUGAAUAAUACCUUUUUAUAUUUUAGAUUCUAAAUGUAGCGAAGAAUGUAUUGGUUCUACAAAUAUUUGUGUUAUUUAUUUUUUUAUAUUUAUUUAUUUAAAUUUUAAACGGGCCAGUUACAUGCCUAAUUAUUUAUUAUAAUCGUUCGUGAUACUGUAUACAAAAAUUCUACUAGAAAUCUUGUCCCGAUGUAUACGAUGUAGACCCUUUGCUGAAAUAAUAUUUUCUUGGGGUGGUACUUUAAGCAUGUGAUUUUUCGAUUUUCCCCGGUGUUUUCUCAACAAAUUGGGAAAACGGGAAAAUGUACGUGAUGUAGGUAUUAGUUGAUAAAAAUAGUACAGCCUUUUUUUUUCUAGUUAACAACUUUUCUACCAGCAAUUUUGCUCCGAUUUACUAUGAUAACACGUUUCCUGAAAGCAAAUCUGACUGGGAAGGUAUUUUACUCAUUAGGUAAUCCAUAUUGUUCAAAAACAUACAGUUAUCAAUUCUAUUUUAUUACGAUUUAAUAUUGUCACUGACAGAUCGACGUAUAGAUUAGAUUUUAUUUAUUAAAAUAAAUUUUGUGCGAACAAUUGACGCAUAUCCAAUAAAACAUUUGUUUUAAUGUAAAAAUGUGAUAGUUAGAACUGCCUAAAUGAUCAAUUCAUAAUUAAAUUUAUCUUUAUUAACCAUCAAUCUAGUGGUUGAAUUAGUUUUUUUUUUUUAAUACAAUUUUAUAAUUCGCUUAUUUUUGUAUGAGUACGUUACUUAAAAGUUACAUUUACGAUUACAAAUGAAUCAUUUACCUACCUUAAUAGAAAAUUGAUUAUAAUGAUUAACAUAUCUAUGAACCUUUAUUUUCAGUGGUUCACUUACUUUAAAUACUUUACUUACGGUCGAUGGUCAUACUGUAGAAGUUGGAAAUAAAGUAUCAUCCUCACUACAUACUUCCACGGGAUUGGAUUAUGCUUUAGAAACUAUUAAAGGACAUGGUUUUGAAAUGAUUUACGAGCUUCCCUUAGAUGUUAUGGAUGUGCUUUCUGCAAAAUCUGGAGCCUUUUCAAUAAUCCAAGAAAAAGGAAGUCCAACUAUUGAAACACCACUUAUGAGCCCUGGCGUUGAAAGGUUAGCAUAUAAUAUAUUAGGAUAUUAUUACAUAUACAAAUGUGUUAGGUACCUAUGUACGAUCAAUUUAGCUAUUGAAAAUGUUGAAUUUUUAGGCAAACAUACACCAAAACUUUCGACAGUUUAAAAAAUACUCUAGGAUUGUCAUUUUCGGCACAGUACGAUAUUCCUUGGGAUGGAAAUUUGCAUUCAUUACUACCGUUUUCAGGUCCAUUGUCUUUUUCUUUCAAAGUUUUAAAAGAAGAUGAAAACCUCACUAAGUAUGUUGUAAAAGGCACUUACGACUUUAAAUGUAAGUAAAUUAUUCAAUCGAUAAUAUUAUCCAAUAACUAAAUAAUAAUUUAUUAUUUUAGCACAAUCUGUAAAAUAUAUUAAGUUUAUGUAUGUAACUCCGGGAGCAGAUAUUAGCCGUGGUGUAGAAUUUGUUUUGGCUUACGAGACUCGUGAAAAUGAUCAAUUUAUAAUAGAGUUGAAAACUCCUUCCUCUGAAAUUAUUCUUCAAAGUAUAUUUAUCAAUUUAGAUUUGAAGAAAAUAAUUGAAAUUAAAUAUGUAAAUGGUAGUGAGCACCUUAUUAAAUUUGGACUUGAAGGUGAAGUAGUGGAUAAAGACACAACCAGAUAUAUCCCUAUAUAUGAAGCAUUGUAUGCUAAACAAAUUAAUGCAGAGAAAGAAAAGAAUCCAUAUUUAUCAAACAUUGAAAUCGAGGGGAAUAUUAUUGUACAACGAAAUAUAGAUUCUGAAAGUGUAAGUAUGAAGUCUGUUGCAAAACGCAGUGUGGAUUAUCAAAGUGGAAAUUCGAAUAAUCCAACAAAAUUGUUAUAUGAUGUCGCUGCUGUUACAAAUAAGGGCACCCAUUCUUUAAAAGGUUCUUUAACCAUACAAAAUAAUGACAUUGAAGCACACAGUUGUUUGACUACUGAUAGAGUAACUCUUACAUAUUAUGGAUAUCUCAGUGGAGAGUAUCCAAUUUUUAAAUUGAUUUCAACUUUAAAUAUGAUUAAACACAAACACGGUUUGGAAGAAUUACCGAGUGACAAUAGUGACGUGUACCAACCAGAAUCGGAAUUGAUAAAAUUAUUAUAUAGAAUUCAAACUUUAAAUAUCGCCACCAACCAACUUUUACGCGUUGAAUCGCCAUAUAUAUUCAAAAGUACUAAUCGUAUAGUCUGGGACGAUAAGGACUAUUUCGAAAUAAACGGAGAUAUCCUAAUUGAAAAUGAUGAAUUUACAAUGUUAGGUAAUAUAUCAACGACAGACCUGCUCGACUUGGUAUUAAAUGGUGAGAAUAAUGUUUUAACAAAUAUAAACGGUUUUACUAUGUAAUAAUACAUUUUUGUUAUUUUCAUGUUUAAAGCUAAUAUAACUAUUCUACCAAGUACAUCAGAUCAUGGAGAAUUCAUUUUUGGACAGUUAGAACAUUCUUUUAUUUCUGAUCCUUCAAGUAAAGGAAGUGGAGAUUUUAAAUAUGUUCAAGACAAAGAUAAGAAAGGUAGUUAUUUUGAAUUUAUAUCAAGAUGCCCCCAUUAUACUGGAGUAUUUGAUUUCAUUACCCAACAUCACGUGAGUGAAUAAUACCUGUUAUAAUAGUUCAUUCAAAUAGGUAUAUAUUAUUAUAUCCUUUUAUUGUUUGAUUUUUAGUACACAGAUGAAGGAUUUCAGUAUGAACUUUAUUAUGAUUUACAUGAUGGUACUCUUUUACAAGUUAAUAUGAAUACUUUAACUAAUGACAUUCAAUUUGAUGCUAACUUUAACUCUCCUAACACUGAAUAUAAGUCAUCUAUAAAUUUCCAUGGUUGGUCAAAUAAAGAAAAUACUUAUUUGUUUGAUACCAAAGUAAGCAUUCACUUUUAUUCUAAAUAAUAAAUUACUAAAAAAAAUAAUUAAAAUCAUUCAAUAAUUUUACUUUAUAGCUUGUAUGGCCUUGUAGUCACGAAUCAAAUUAUUUGAAUGCGAAUGGAAAAUUAUUUUUAAAUGGACUUCAAAGUGAUGGAAGUGGCAAUGUUGAUUUUCCAUCAGCUAAUUUAGACAAUGUAAAAGUAUCAUUUAAAAGUAUACCAAAUCCCGAAAUUGAAGAUGGAGGUAUUGCAAUAGUUCGCUGUUUUUCUAAUGAUCAAGUUUACUUCUCUGAGAAGUAAGUGUUCGAUUUAUUGAGUAAAAUAAUUUUUAACUAUAUAAUUUUUAAGGUUUAAGUAUAAGCUAACCUUGAACGAUGGUCAGCUACACGUAUCAGGAGAGAGUAUUCCUGAAGAUUCACAAAACAUUUUGCCCGUGAAAUUUGAUUUAAAUUAUAAAAAUUAUACAGAUCCAGAAUCUAAUAUUGGCAAACAAGUAUGUAUUUUAACAUAUAUAUAUAUAUACAUUUAAAUUUCUUUUAAUCUUAAAUAACAAACUUACAGCUUGUAUAUGAUGUUGAAUUGGAAUAUAAUGGCCACAGAUAUAAAUACAAAAGAUCUAUGCAAAUCACUAAACAUAUGUUUAUCUAUCGACAAUUAUAUCAAAUAGAUGACCAGGAACAAAAGAUUGAAAUGGAUUUGGAAUACGACGGAACAGGUACCAAAUACCUAUAUUAUUUAUUUAUUUUUAUAGUAUUAUUUAUGAAUAAUAACAAAAAUUUAAAUUCUUUUAGAUGCUUGGAAUUGGUCGUAUAAUUUAAAAUCAAAAGUUAUUUCUCCAGGAUGUUUCCAUUAUUUGCUUCACGACACUCAAAAUGCAUUAGAUUUUAACUCGAAAUUUAAACUCACUAACAAUUUAUGUGACCAAGCACAUAAUCUAACAAUUUAUUCAUCUGAUCAUAUAGACGACUCAUAUGAAUUAAAAGCUUUUGUAAAUAAUAAUAAAAGAGGUUGGGUCACAUAUUGUAUUUUUUUAAUUUUAAAAUUUAAAUUCAGUACUUUAAAUACUAUUGAUAUAUAUGUGUGAUUAUACAGCAAUCAAGAUUAGAUUUGGGGACCGAGAAAUAAGAGAUUUAGCAUAUUAUAGUAUUGAACCUAUAGAAGGAGGACAUAAAUUGACAUAUAAAGGACAACUUUGGUUGGAUUAUAUUAGAAAUAAAAAUGCUGAAUCUGCUCUAAAUUUAAUAUCAUACUAUUCGCUUGAAAAAGGAUUAUCUACAGUAACUGAUUUAAACCUGUUGAUACCAUCAUUUAAUAAUAAGGUAAAAUAUUUAAAAUUGUAUAUAACGCAAUAGUAGUAGGUAUGACAAUAUAAUAUAUUAUAUACCUAUAUUAUAUUUAUCUUGUUCUUAAUAAUUUUAUAUUUAAUAUUGUUAAAUUUGUUGUUGUAAAUCAUAGACCUAGAUGUAUUCUUACAUUUGCUGUACAUAAGGGCCCAGCCCGUGUAUUCAAAAGUAAAUUAAUAUAAAACAUUAAUUAUUUUAGACCAUGGCUAUAAAAAACGAUAUUGAGAUGUUCAAAAGCUGGGAAAAUCCAUUAGACGUUAAAUUAGAUCUAGAUAUAUUCCCUACCACAGAACAAACUUUACACCUUCAUAGUAGUUUGAAACGAAGUCUAGAAAACAACGGAGUUUUGUAUUCUGCCGAAUUAAAAGCGAUAAGUGAUGUAAGCAUGUCAAGACAUAUAAUACCUUUAUAGUUGGGCAAUACAUGGUAUGUGAAUUUUUGUAGGGAAUGGAUUUGGAUUAUUUAGUCAAAGAUUCUAUACUUGUUUCAAAUGAAAAAUGGGGAAAGUACUUAGAUAUAUCAUUUGUUGAUUCCCAAAAUAUUGAAAGACCUGUUCAACUACAUGCUGAACUUACGCCCGACGGUUUUAUUAACAAAGUUUGUAUUUUCCUAGAUAGGUAUUAGGUAAAUAUAGUAUACUUACCUUAUUUAUUUCAUUUAUUUAUAGAUAAAUAUAUUUGACAUAACUGUAAUUAACGUUGAUUCAAGAAUUAAUGUCAAAGAUGGAGUUCUUAACACAUGUUCAAAUAUAGAUUACAAUAAUCAUCCAUAUACAUUUAGUCUAUCAUUAACCCCAAAGCCAAGUUUUAAUUUCGUUUUUGGAUGGAAUGGUUUGUACAAACUAAAAAUUAAUUAAAUCUUCAUGUAAAAUUAGUAAGUUAAUAUCAUUUUUUAAAAAAUGAAUAUUUUACUAGACAAAGAAGGAUCUCCAGAGAAAUUAGAUAUUGAAGGCUCUAUUACCAUGGAUGAUGCAGCUGUCAUAAAUGCUAAUCAUGUUAUAAAUAAUAAUGAAGUUAUGCCUAUAGGAACUGUAAAAAAAUCCCUACAACAAUCAAAUUGGUGGAAUACAGAUAAUCAAAUGAGCUCAGAGCAAUGGAAUUUAAUUUGGGUACAGAUAGUAAAAAUAUAUCAAAAUAAUAAUAAAUUCUUUCUAACAUAUUUAAAUAUUUUUAACUAUUCAUCUGUGUUCCAGCAAUCUGUGAAGGGUCAAAUUAUUACACAAAUCAUUAAUAUAAAUAACAAUUUACAAAAUAUAAAGGCCGUGGCAUCAGAACAACGUAAUAUACGUAUUCGUGAAGCAAAAAGAGCAAAAUUACAAACCAAAAAGUUAAAAAAAUUUACCCUUAAUGAGUGGUCCGAAAUAUGGGAUGAAGUCUGGGCCGAUGAAUAUAUAUUAAAAUUCCCAAUCUUAAUGUAAAUUUGUGUAUUUUUUUCUAAUUUACAUUAUUUAUUAUAUGUUGUAUUCAAAUUUAUUUUCUAUGUGUUUAUAGAUUAAAUACUACCGAAAUCGUAUUCGCUGGUGAAAUUGAAAUAGUUAAAAAUAUAGAACCAGUAGACGUUUCAUUUAGCAAUCUAUAUGGGGAUGUCAAUGUUUACCCAAAGAAAGUUUAUGAAUACUAUGCACGGAACAUUGAAUAUUUACUGGAUCAAUUGGCACUUGGUUUAGAUGCAUUAGGACAUGAUGGAAACCUUGCUCUGAUUGAUUUAUAUAAUAUAUUGGAUACGUAUACCAAUAAACCUAUGAAUGAUAUGCAAUCAUCAGAUCCUCAUUCUAUUAAAGAGUACCUUGAUUGUAAGAAAUUUGCUUUAGAGAAAAUUAAUUUGAGUUUUCUAUUUACUUUUUGAAAUAUUGAAACUAUACGUUAAAUGAGAAAGCUUUUUGUUAUUCUUACACCAUGAUAAUGUGUCUUAAUACACAAUAAAUAUAGGAAAUUUAAAUUGAAGAUUUUUUUAAUAAUUCGGAUAAUUCAAUACAUUGUAGGAAUAUUAUUAUUAUUAUUAUUAAUAUUAUAUGGUAAAAACAUCGUGACUUUUUAAUGGAAAGGGUAGAGUAUAUAUAUUUUAGUAUUGGAAGAAAUGUAAAAUUAAUUUUCAACUAUGUAUGUUUUUCCUAAUAAUAUGUAUAGUGCUCAAUUGUUAUUAAUUGUAUUAUUUUAAUAAAAAAUUUAAUUUAUUUCAAAAGAGAAAGACAGCUUUAUAAAUACUUUACAGAGUAAGAAUUAUAUGAUUUUUCAAACUCUUAUUUAGAUGUCAUGAUUAACUUGAUAAACACAAUAGCAGAACUCAAAGGCUCAAUAGAUUCACUUCAUGAUGUUUCAGCAGAUUACAUUAGUAAAAAUUUACCAUCAAAUGACAUGUUCCAUGAUCAAAUUGAAAAAGUAAAUAAUUUCAAGUUGAAACAUUUAUCUUUAUGUGCACAACCAUAUUAAUAACAUUAUUUUUAGUUAAAAUCGUAUCCCUACAAAGAGAAGUUAUGGGAAGAAAUACACAACUAUCUGAAAGAAUUGGAAGCUACAGCUCCUACCAAAGAAUACCAGCGUUUUAUUAAUGCUUUGGACGAAUAUAUAAACAAGGUUAGUAUUACGUCAGUAAAAAACCGAAUGCAAUGAUAAUUUUUAAUCUGUGCCUAUAAUUUAUUUAACAUUUGAAGGUGAUCCAUGAUGUACCUGUAGAUGAGACUGAUAUAACAAAUUUAAGAAAUAAAGGGAUUAUAAUGGCAAAAUCAUUGAUAUUUGAUUUCUCUGAUUAUGUGGAUUAUGAAAAAGCAAUGAGUAUUUGUGAUGCAUUAGGUAAACUAACAAAUCUUGGCAAAAAUGUUCUGUAUGUGGUUUCACCGGGUUCCUUCUCACACCAGAAUGAUGUUCCAAACAUCUGGCGUGAUUUAAGUCAAUAUGCGCAAAUCUAUCACAACUAUUUGGAGCCGUCUAAUUUAUUACCACCAUUUAGAGGUAAUGUAUACUUUCAUAGUUUAAUGAAAAAAAUAUCCAUUGAUAUUAUUUGUUGAGAUGUAAUUUACAUUCUUUUUUAACAAUUGCACAGGACAAGGUGUUAUUAUGGAUUCCACCAAUAUAAUUACAUAUAAUGGUAAAUACUAUAGUUUUACACCAAAUACUGGUACUUAUAUAUUGGCCAAAGACAACAUGAAUGAUAAAUUCUCAAUACUUGCAAAUUACAACGACAACGUUUUAACAUCAAUUUCAGUGUUAAAUGAUCAUGGUGAAACAUAUGUAUUACAGCCUGGAGGAAGUGUGAGUUAAAAAUUAAUAUUAUACCUAAAUCUAUUAUAUGAAUAAAUUAAAAAUAUUUAAAAUCAAUUUAUAUAAAUAAGUUAUGAAAAUCAUUUUUUAAUUUAAACUAUAGAAUUCAUAUUUAAAGGAAUAAUAUUCUUAAUGCAUCUAAAUUUAACUGCAAACUCUUAAUUGUAUUUCCAUCAAGACAAAAUAAUAACAAUGGGUAUCAUUUACACAACUGUCAUUCAUUCGAAGUUAUUUUCUUCAUUUUAUUCAGUAUAAUAUCUUUAUAUCUUUAUCAAAAAAUAUUAAUCAUAAUAUUAUUAUUUACAAUCUACCUAUGUGUAAUUGUGAGAAUAUUGAAUAUUUCUUGUACACAUAAACCUCAUUGAUUUAUUCCAGUUUUCACAAUAUUUUACUAUUAAUUUCUAAUUUAAAUUUUUAAGGUAUUUAUUUUGCUUACCUAUGUUUUACUGUUAUUUAACGUAAUAUUUUCACCAAUUGUCGAAUAUUGUAUUGAUAAUUGCAUGGCGUUUCUCAAUUUAAAUGUUGGUUGCAGGCUACUGUUAAUGGUAAAGGUGUUAAUUUCCCAUUUAUAAACGAUAAUGUCAAAAUGUGGGAAGACAUUUAUUUCUAUGGAAUUGAUGCUUCUGUUGGCCUGAAUAUUAAAUGUUCCAUGGAAUUUGAUAUGAUUGAGGUCUUUAUUAAUGGAUAUUAUUAUGGAAACGUGUUCGGUUUAUUAGGAACUAUGUAUCAAGAACCUACGUUUGAUUUAAAACUACCUAAUGGACAAGUAAAAAAAAUUAUAACAAAUUAUAGAUAAUUUAUAAGUAAAUGUUUAAGUGAUUUUUCUCUCUAUUGUAGAUAUCCGAUGAUAUGCAAACAUUUUUAAAAGCAUACAAGGUUUCAGGAAACACAGAGCCAACUGUUAACGAUUUAGUAUCUACCGAUCAACCACCAUGUCCUAGUAUAUUUUCUGGAGUGUCUUCAUUAAAGUAUAUUAUAUUAUUUAUGGUUUUUUAGAGAAAAGAAAACAAUAUAUCUAAUAAAUAUAAAUACCUAUUUAAAUUUACCUUUUUAGAUCAUGUUUCCCAAUUAUGUCACCAGCAGCGUAUAGAUCAGCUUGUAAUCAAAUGGUAUCAGCUAAGUCACAACAAGAUGGUGUCAACAAGGCAUGUUUAGUUGCUAAAACCUACGUGAGCAUGGCGAGAGAAAACUUUGCAACUGAUUGUAGUAUACCGGACGUGUGCGGUAAGUAUUUUUUUAAAAAUAAAAAAUAGUAUUUUUGUUUGGCAAUGCAAAUAGUUUCCUAUUUACUUACAUAUCAUAUUUAAUUCUAAAAUUGUUUUAACGGAUUUUGAAAAUUUGACUACGUCUCGUGUAAAGUCAGAUGAGCAGUCCAAUACGAAUCGUAGCCAAACUUGGAAUUAAGCACUCUUUAUAAAGAUUUUAUGUACAUUUUUUUACUAGUAUACUUUUUGUUACAUUAAUAACAAUACAAUUGACCCUUUUCAUCUAUUGGCUCCUCCGCCCUCUCUUACUAUUGGCUUAGUUUUGUAUGUACUGAGUCCUUUACAGUAUACAUAAUUAAAUAUUGAAAUAUUUUCGUAAGAAUGAUGAACAAUAAUAUCAAUAAGAAUAAUAUUUGUAAUAAUAAUGUCAAAAUUAUUUUAUAGUAACAAGUACGGUGAAUGAUCGAUCAAUUGGUUCUUCGUCAAGUGUUGAAUUUUCUGAAAAAAGUGAUGCAGCAGAUAUAAUGAUUUUAUUCGAAGAAGCAACAGAAAAUCAAAACGUUUUUUUAAUUGUGUUGAAGCCUUUCAUGGAAAAUAUUAUUAAAAAUUUUAACGACAAAGGAAUAAAGUAAAUAUAUGUUACCUAUAAUAAUAUACAUAAAAUAUAAUAAAUACUAGAUACCUAGCAUAAGUUAUUAUUGAGUAACAACGUAUACGUAACCCUAUUCUGAACUAUGGGGAGCGCGUAAAAAAGCCGAAAAUAUUUAAUUCUAAACAUAUUUUAUCCGAACUAUACUUCAGAUUUUCAGUCGACUAAUCCCCUUUCACCACAACAACCAAUGCUACAACCCAACCGGUAUCGUCGGUAAUGAUUGCGCGUGUGGACACACGCGAUAUUAUUAUUUAUUUAUACUUUUGAACGUAUGUCACGAUCCUCAUUCGACUAUAAAACAUAAUUAUUAUCGACGCUACCCGCUGUGUUGUAGUGGAGGCGAAUUUGUCGGCUGAAAUGCGGUUCAGAUAAAAGACCUACGUGCCAGUUAAAAUACUAUCGGCUAGAAUACAGAUAUACCUAGUGUAAUGUGUUAAAAGAAGAAUUCUGAUUUCUAAAUAUUAGUAUUGAAAUUAGUUUGAAAUGUAUAGUUGUCAAAGGAUCGCUAUUAGCUGACAGUUAAAAUAACAUUUAAACCUAAAUUUAGUCGAGUAGAACCAGUGUCGUAGCCAAGAUUUAAACACGGGGGCAAUGAAAAAAUAAAAAUAAUUUAUUAUAUAUUAUAAUAAAUAGGUGCUUAUUAUAUGAACAGAUAUAAUAAUUAUUGAAAUAAAUACAACGUUGAACAACUUUUUAUUGAUAAUCUAUUGUAUACAACUAUUAUAAAUAAUUAAUAAAUUAACAAUAAACUAUUGUAAAUAUUCUUAUUGAACCGAACCUGGUAGGUACUUAUAAGUCAUAAUAUUAUAUUAUUACUGUAUCAAAGUCCAAUUAAUAACUUUCAUACUUCUAAGAAAUUUUUAAAAAAAAACCAGUCAAUGUUUCUUUUUCUACACUUUCAUAUUCUAAAUCAUCGUUAUUUAUAGGACCAAACCAUUAAAUUUUUCUUCACUCAAUGUAGCACUUAGAUAUGUUUUUAGUAUUUUUAAAACAGAAAAUGUAACUGAUAUAAAUCAGUUUUUGUUUUUUCGAACAAUUGAAAAUUCGAAAAUGGAAAACUUUAAACGAUUUUUUCUUAUCAGUCAGAUGGCAUUUUAUUAAUAUCUAGUAUCUACCAUAGAUAAUAUAGGUAUAUUAUAUUAUGAAUAUAUUUAGCCCUGGGUAGAACUAAAGAGAACUCGGUGUCAACAGAACAUUCACGAAAUAUGUUGAAAUUAGACUAGAUAAUAAUAUAAUGUACAUGUCUAAACGAGUAUCUGGUAUAACGUUGAUAAUACACAUCCUGUCGUCACACGGUUUCUGCAAAGUUGAUUAAAUAAUUAAACGUGUAUAAAUUUGUCUAACUAGACAACUAAUUGAAAUUAUUAUCAUCAAAUCUAAACAAAUACCUAGUGAUAGUUAGUUUGUAUUUUGAAAAAAUAUCAGUAGGCAUAUUGUAAAUGUAAAUGAAUAAGAUAAUAAUUUGUAAAUAAUUUAUUAUUUUUAUACUUUUUUUUUCAGUGACAUCAAUUUUAUUAUCAUUGGAUACUCUGAACAAUCUGAACAUUCUGGAGUGCAUAUCUACUCAGCUAACAAGGGAAAUAAUUAUGAAGGAAUAUUGGAUAACAUGCCACAAUGGUCAGAGAUGAACGCCGAAAAAGAUACAGGAUUCUCUUCUCAAUUUGUUGAUUCAUAUAAAAAACUUAUAGGUGUGACUAACUUAAAAAAUAAAUAUUCAGAUAAUUAUAAAUUAUAAGAUAUAUUGAUCUACUUACAUUACAAAUAUUAUCAAGCCAUUUAUCUAUACAAAUUUAUGACCGUAUUAAAUUAUUUAUUUUUGUUUUAUUACCAAUUUAAAAAGUUUAACACAUUUCAUUUUUACAUGAUUUUCUUAUAGUCCAAUAAAAUGUUUCAAAUUUUGUUUAUAAUUAAUCCAACAAAUAUAAAUUAAAUUAUACUUACUUAGGUACUUAAAUUUAAAUAUAAAAUUUAAUAAGACUAAAAAUGUAUGAUACAAAAUUUAGUAGUUGGUACAUGAGAAUUAUUAUUCAAAUAUAAUAAAUAAUAUUUUUUUAUUUUUAGGUAAGAACUCGAAAGAUAAAGCGUACAAGCUUUCAGGUGAAUAUCCAUUUAGACCUAAUGCAGUUAAAGCUGUUUUGGCUGUUACACAAACCGUAUAUACUACCGACAGUACUCUUGAUGUAAGUACAUGUUUUUUUUUUUAUGACUAACUGAUGUAAAACGAUUUUACUAAUAUAUUAUUGAACACAGGUAUCUCAAUAUACAUUUGAUUUAAUUACAUCAUGCUUUGUGGAACAAGGAAUUAAAUUCCAUCUAGUCGCCCCAAUUAAUCUACAAGAUUCUUCAAAUCCAGAAAUAUUUGGUAAAUAUUAGUUGUCUAAUAAGUUAGUUAGUUAGUUAUCUAACUUGGGUACCUUAUUGGUAUAAGAUAUCUAUAGUAGAGAUGUAUAGUAAAAUAGUGUAUUAAUUAGGAUUUUCUGAAGUAUGAUGUUAAUAUUUCCAGGAACAAAUGGAGCUGAUACAGUCUAUACAUUAACAAAGCCGAAAGGUACAAAUAGUAAUGAAUACACUUAUGACAAAUCUUUAGAGACUGGUUUAGUAGUAAAGGUCAGUAGAAUUAUUCAAUAAAGUAUAUUUAUGAGUGUAUUUUAUAAACCAUCACAUUUUACCAAUUGUAACAACUAACAAUGUAUUAUUAUUGCAGACAAAUGGAAUCAUGUUUGAUUCUCAUAAAUUUGUUACGGAACAAGAUGACGAGAAAAUAAUUUACUUGAAAGCUUUAAGCAAAAUUAUAGCAAAAAGAGCCAUUAAAGAUUCGCAUGUUACAAAAAGUUGCACAACCGUUGUACACGAUGGAAUUAUGCCAUAUACCAGAUGUUCUAUUGUGCCAUCGUCGUCUGAACCUUCAAAUUAA